UCGCUAGAAAAAAAAAUUAAGGCACGAAGAAGAUCCAUCCCUCAAAUUUUCACAGCGAACUUCCCAGCCUCAUGUUCCUUCCCCUUCACUUCACAUUCACAACUCCACAACAAUAAUAAUCUUAAUCAACACAAAUAGCAUAUUCCCAAUCUCCUUCAACAACACACACACACACAUCCAUUCAUUCUCUCUCUCUCUCUCAUGGCUUCUUCUUCCAUUUCCGCUCCAACGCUCACCUUCCCGACGCAGAAGCUCGCCGUUCCGUUCCCGGCGCCGCGGACGCCCUCGCUCCUCCCGUUCCCGUUGCAAUCCCCCUGCCGCUGCCUCGCCUCCGCCUCCUCCGACGACCGCAGUGGCGGCGGCGCCAAACGCGGCUGGGAGUCCGUGCUGCACCACUUCUCCGAGGUCGCGAAACGCGUCGAUUCCUUCUGGAAGUCCCUCGGGAACGCCGACGACGAUCGCGGCCGCGGCGGCGGCGGCGAUGAGGAUUGGGAUUGGGAUCGCUGGCGCCGGCAUUUCGAGGAAAUCGACGAGCAAGAGCGCCUCCUCUCGACUCUCAAGUCUCAGUUAAGCCGUGCUGUGUAUUUGGAGGAUUAUGAAGAUGCUGCCAGGCUUAAGGUGGCGUUUGCAGCUGCAGCUAACAACGACAGUGUUGGAAGAGUGAUGUCUUAUCUCAAUAGAGCCAUAAAAGAGGAGCGGUAUGGUGAUGCAGCUUUCUUAAGAGAUAAAGCUGGCACUGGACUUGUGGGUUGGUGGGCUGGUAUUUCAGAAGGUGUUAAUGAUCCACAUAGUCUAAUUAUUCGCAUAACUCCUGAGCAUGGAAGAUAUGUGGCAAGGAGUUACAGUCCAAGGCAACUUGCAACAUCUGCGGCUGGCAUUCCUCUUUUUGAAUUUUUUCUUACAAUGGAUAAAAAAGGUGAAUUCAAGUCACAGGCUGUGUACUUAAGGCGAAGAGGGGCCUUCCAUGGGCCCCCAACAAACUCCUCUAAAACAUUGGAUGGUGCUGGGAGACUGAGUUCAGUGGAGUCUACUGAAGACAAAAGUGAGCUGUAUGUUGUGAGUACUGAAGAUCCAGAAAAUGAUGACGAUAGGAAUGAUGGCUCUGAUCCAGCUGAGGGAAUGCCUGGAUUUCAGAAUGUCUUGAAAGAUAUGAUUCCGGGGGUAAAGGUGAAGGUUUUCAAGGUGAUAACUCCAGACAAAGUAGACAAGGAUAUAUCUAAUGUGAUUGAGCAGAUAAUUGAGGAUGAAGACGAAGACGAAGAUGGCAACGAAGACGAAGACGAAGACGAAGACGAAGACGAAGACGAAGAUGAAGAGGAAGACGAAGAUGAAGAUGAAGACGAAGAUGAAGGGAAGGAAAAUGAUACAGAAAGUCUAGAACUGGAAGACAUUAAGUCUGAGACUGACCAGGAGGGAGAUGAUGAGAUUGAAGUAAAUGCUGGUCUGGGAACUUUUGAAAGUGAAGACCAGAAUGAGUUUGCCGUCAAGAUUGCCAUUGGUGGUCUUGUUCAGAAACUUUCCGGUAAUCUAUCCUCUAGAGAUUUGCUUCGAGUUCCUGCUAAGCUGGAGAUGAAGGGGCGUGGUUCAUUUUCCUUUACUGUUGAAAAAGAAGUCAAUCAGCAGGUUGGUCUUGACAAAGGAAACUCUUCAUCUGAUAAAUCAACUAAGUUUCAAGGUCGACGCAGAGUUGAUCAUGUUAUUUUUGACCUUGCAAAAUUCAUUGGCAGGGGAAAGAUACCCUCAAAGGUUCUGAAAGAAGUGGGAGAAUUGAUAAAUCUCACUCUAAGCCAGGCUCAGAGCCAUCACCAGUUAUCUGGCUCAACAAUUUUUAAUCGCAUCGAAAUACCAACUUCAUUUGAUCCUUUAAAUGGUCUAUACAUUGGUGCGCAUGGGCUUUACUCCUCUGAAGUUAUUCAUCUAAGACGUAGAUUUGGUCAGUGGCAAGAGGACAAUGGGGCCAAGGAGCCUUCAAAUCUUGAGUUUUAUGAGUAUGUAGAGGCUUUGAAGCUAACAGGGGAUCCUUAUGUACCAGCUGGUCAGGUGGCAUUUCGUGCAAAAAUUGGAAAGAGGUAUCAAUUGCCUCAUAAAGGGAUAAUACCUGAAGAGUUUGGCGUGAUUGCUCGCUAUAAAGGUGAAGGGAGGUUGGCUGAGCCAGGGUUUCAGAAUCCCCGAUGGGUUGAUGGUGAACUUGUGAUUCUUGAUGGGAAGCAUCUAAAAGCAGGGCCGGUUGUUGGAUUUGUGUAUUGGGCCCCUGAGUAUCAUUUUUUGGUCUUCUUCAAUCGGCUUAGGCUUCAACAGUAGGGUUUUGUUCAUAAUAUCAGAGACUUGUAAAUGCUUUCUUCAGAUUCUCAGCGUUCUAGGUUUUGUUGAAUGCUAAAUUGUGCUUCAAUGGAAGAUAUCACCAAGAUAUCACGUGUCACUACAGGGUUUCCAUUUAAGCUUUAAAAGAUCUUCACCACUAGCUUUCUGCCGAGUAGCAUAGAUUGAGCAUUUGGCUGCUUGUCUAGAACUCAAAUGACUGAGGUAUCUUAAGCUUGGUAGCUGUAGCUUGACUAACUAUAGAUUGAAGAGGGAUUCAUGAUAUCAGCACUAAAGCACAACGUACUAGUCUCUUCAUUCCGCAUUUUAUGGAGGUGUAGUGUUCAGGGUAUCUUCAACAACUUUGUACAUUGUUCCUAAUUAUAAGAAAAAUUCCCAUGUAUCAUAAAAUUCAUGAUAUCAUUGUUCUUUCUGUAAUGAUGAAAUUUUCAUCACAAUUUUUUCUUCUUUGGAUAGUAUUUAGAGGUCUUUAGUAUUAGCUUCCUCAUUAAUUCUAUAUCCAGUCAACAAUUGAAUCUCCCCCGAAAGUGUCAAGCCAAAAUUUUGAAUACAGAUUUGAUUUCAUGACACCCGUAGUUGCCUUUUUUCAAUCCCUGUAUGACCUUACGGAUGAGCUUGGUAGACUAUGGCCAGCAAGUUCAUGCCUUGUAUUGAAUUUAUUGACACAAUUAAACUUUAUUCGGGAAA